AUGGAAGGCCCGUCCAUCCCCAAAGAGAACCCUAUCAUCAUAUAUGAUGAUAAUAGCGAGACAACCGGGCCUGAUAUCGUCCCUGAGAACAUCGUGGAUUUGCCCAAGUGGUGCAAACCAACAGCUGCGAACGACCUCUCAACCCAUACCCUCGAUCUCUCCCCCGACGAGCCCGCAAGUGAAGAGGGCCCGAGACUAGAGGGUACAACACAUCAAGAGUCAGGGGCCAUGGAGGACCCCAACCCCGAGACUGAAGUCCCGCCGGGCCAGUACGAGGCCGACCUCUCGGACCGUCUCCGCCUGCUGCAGCAGCAGGUCCCGAGAGACUCGCGACCACAGAUACCCCAAGCGUUCCUGGCGUCCCUCGCCGAGCGCAUCGAGCGGUCGCGCAAGCUCCUCGGCUGGAGCGCGACCCGCAAGCAGCGCCGCCGCACGCGCACCGCCCCGUCCCCGACGUCCCGCGUGCCGCCGUGCGUGCGGUGCUUCGUCAAGCAGAUGCCCUGCUCGCUCGAGUACGAGGACGGCCCGGAGGACAUCGUCAGCUGCACGCGGUGCGCGCGCAACGGCGUGCCGCACUGCAUCAGGCAGGUCGCUGCUGCGUCGCAGCCGUCAGCGGACCGCGAUGACCCCCUUGCCGUAGGUACGAGCAAGAGCGCCAAGUGCGAGCUGUCGGCGACGCUGACGCCCGAGCUGGUCGAGGCGGCCGAGGAGCUGCUGCAGGGUCAGCUGCGGGACGUGUGCGGCAUGAAGCUGAGCGCGGAUGUGUGCAAGGGCCUGGUGCUGCCGAAGUGGCAUGACAAUGAUAAGCCUGAGAACCAACAGGACCCUGAAUUUCGGCCGAGGCAAUGGAAGGAGCAGCUCGUUGACCGCAGGCAUGAGAUGUUAGUUGCUAUCCAGCAGAAGAUCAAGGUCUUGGAGGGACAGUUGGCGAAGGACGAGUAG